GGCGGACAGGUCACUGGAGUCCAGAACCCGGGAAUCUGAGCCCGGAGGGCGUGGGUAGGGGGCGUUGCACCAGUGCCCGGCAGACAUGCCUUUGGGCGGGAUUUUGGCUAAAAGAUAGGAGGCAGGUGCGCAGGGGUGCGGGGAGCGGUCCCAGGGGGCGGGAGAUUGGGGAGCGGCGGGGAGGGGGGAGGGUCUGGUCCAGGCAGGUAGAGACAGCUUCUUAGGCAGCCAGCGAGUUGGCAGGUGGGUUGGGACUCCCUUGUCAACUCAUUAAUUUUAAGCAGUCAGUUUGGGGGCACUGCAGGAUAAUCAGGAGGGCCGUGGGGAGGCAAAAGGUGACCCGGGAUGCCGGUGGUGGGGAAGGAAAAGAGGAGCCUUGGAAAGCUUGGAGGCAAAAUUGCGCUUGGGCUCCGGGUCCUUGCAUCCCUCCUGCCUUGAGUGCGGGAGAACACUUUUUCAAGACUCACCUUGGAAGGAAAGCCUCCGUCCCAGGGGAGAAGGAGAGGUGUCUGCAGGGGGCAGAGACCGCAGCUACCUGCCGGGUGCGCCCCCCACCCCAGGAGCGCUCGCUUCGCCCCCUUUCCUCCCCCGCCCCCACCUCCUUAUUGGUGCUAGUUUGCAGCGCCCAGCUCCUGCGCCUUCGCUUCGCGUUUGAAUCUGGCUCGCCCCUUCGUAUUAUGUCUGCACUCCGAAGGAAAUUUGGGGACGAUUACCAGGUAGUGACCACAUCGUCCAGCGGCUCGGGCUUGCAGCCCCAGGGGCCAGGCCAGGACCCGCAGCAGCAGCUUGUGCCCAAGAAGAAGCGGCAGCGGUUCGUGGACAAGAACGGCCGGUGCAAUGUACAGCACGGCAACCUGGGCAGCGAGACGAGCCGCUACCUCUCGGACCUCUUCACCACGCUGGUGGACCUCAAGUGGCGCUGGAACCUCUUCAUCUUCAUUCUCACCUACACCGUGGCCUGGCUCUUCAUGGCGUCCAUGUGGUGGGUGAUCGCCUACACUCGGGGCGACCUGAACAAAGCCCACGUCGGUAACUACACGCCUUGCGUGGCCAAUGUCUAUAACUUCCCUUCUGCCUUCCUCUUCUUCAUCGAGACCGAGGCCACCAUCGGCUAUGGCUACCGAUACAUCACCGACAAGUGCCCCGAGGGCAUCAUCCUCUUCCUCUUCCAGUCCAUCCUGGGCUCCAUCGUGGACGCCUUCCUCAUCGGCUGCAUGUUCAUCAAGAUGUCCCAGCCCAAGAAGCGCGCCGAGACCCUCAUGUUCAGCGAGCACGCGGUGAUCUCCAUGAGGGACGGAAAACUCACGCUUAUGUUCCGGGUGGGCAACCUGCGCAACAGCCACAUGGUCUCCGCGCAGAUCCGCUGCAAGCUGCUCAAAUCUCGGCAGACACCUGAGGGUGAGUUCCUUCCCCUUGACCAACUUGAACUGGAUGUAGGUUUUAGUACAGGGGCAGAUCAACUUUUUCUUGUGUCCCCCCUCACAAUUUGCCACGUGAUCGAUGCCAAAAGCCCCUUUUAUGACCUAUCCCAGCGAAGCAUGCAAACUGAACAGUUCGAGAUUGUCGUCAUCCUAGAAGGCAUUGUGGAAACAACUGGGAUGACUUGUCAAGCUCGAACAUCAUAUACUGAAGAUGAAGUUCUUUGGGGUCAUCGUUUUUUUCCUGUAAUUUCCUUAGAAGAGGGAUUCUUUAAAGUUGAUUACUCUCAGUUCCAUGCAACAUUUGAAGUUCCCACCCCACCUUACAGUGUGAAAGAGCAGGAGGAAAUGCUUCUCAUGUCGUCCCCUUUAAUAGCACCAGCCAUAACUAAUAGCAAAGAAAGACAUAAUUCUGUGGAAUGCUUAGAUGGACUAGAUGACAUUACUACAAAACUACCAUCUAAGCUGCAGAAAAUUACUGGAAGAGAAGACUUUCCCAAAAAACUCUUGAGGAUGAGUUCUACAACUUCAGAAAAAGCCUACAGCUUGGGAGACUUGCCCAUGAAACUUCAACGAAUAAGUUCAGUUCCAGGCAACUCAGAAGAAAAACUGGUAUCUAAAACCACAAAGAUGUUAUCAGAUCCCAUGAGCCAGUCUGUGGCUGAUUUGCCACCAAAGCUUCAAAAGAUGGCUGGAGGAGCAGCUAGGAUGGAAGGGAACCUUCCAGCCAAAUUAAGAAAAAUGAACUCUGAUCGCUUCACAUAACAAAGCACUCCCUUAGAAAUUAUUUAAUGUUUGAUUUAGUAAUAGUCCAAUAUUUGGCAAUGAGGUAACUCUCCCUAAGGAAUCUGAAAGUAUAUUUUCCUCCCAGUUCUACAAGCAUAUUUGAGAACCCUUCCUUUCCCAAGUAUUGCUAAUGUGCAGAAAGCCACAGUUAUGAAGGGAGGACAUAAUAAGGAAGUUAUUUAUGGGCAUGUAUUAUCACAUCAAGCAUGCAAUAAUGUGCAAAUUUUGCAUUUAGUUUUAUGGCAUGAUUUAUAUAUGGCAUAUUUAUAUUGUAUAUUCCGAAAAAAAAAAUAUAUAUAUAUAUUUAAAGGGGAGAAACUCUCCCCAACAUUUCUAACAUAUGUAUUAAGCCAAACAUGAGUGAAUAGCUUUCAGGGCGAUAAAACUAAAUAUAUGUCUGUGUGUGUGUGUAUGUAUACACACAUAUACAUAUAUAUAUAUACAUACACAUACAUACAUACAUAUAUAUCUGAUAAAAUUGUGAUGUUUUGUUCAAAGUUGUAGUUCUUGUGCAUGUUUACUUUAUUAGAGUAGGAAGGCUACUGGCAUUAAUUAUUAAUACCAAAUAUUUUAGCCUUAAAUUUUUGUCAUUUUAAAAUCUGAUUUAAUGUUUUCUGCUGUUUAAGGUCCUGGGAGGCUUUCAAUUGUAUUUUAUAUGAGAGAAUCACACAAGUUUGUGCUAUUUAUGGCCCUGCAAAAAUAUAAUCAUUACAUGUUUAAUUGUAAAUUUUAGAGCAUACCAGUACUAGUAUAGCAUUGAACAUUUCUUAUGAUUUUUAAAAGUUGCUAGUACUGGGGAGAAAUAAUUGUUGAUUAAUUUGAGAAUUAUUCUUUUCCUAGACGAAUUAAAAUCUGGAAAUCUGUUCUGUAUAAGAUCUAAUACAAAGAUGAGCUCUGAACAAACGCUGAAUCAUUGUUAAUAGACAGUAGCCAAGUUAUAUUGAAUAUAUCAGAAUCUGUGUGAAGUUACACAUUAAUGGUCCCUGUUUCAAACUAAGUCAAUUGGAAACAUUUUCAUUCUUUUUUCCGGAAAUUACCUUCAUUUAAAAAACCAAUCAUUUUAAGAAGACAUGACAAUGCAAUGAAACAGAUGAUAAAUAUUUAUGCUUAAAAUAUGUAUGUCUAAUUGAGUCUCCUUUUUAUUCUGUUUUCUUGUUUAUGACAUUUGUUGUAACAGGAUAGACUUUUUCCUCACCUAGGGAACCUAUCCCAUGCCUGUCACUUAUCGUUCUGGAGGAAGUUUUUGCACAGACCUGAAAGAGAUUAAAAUUAGAUAAAUUGAAGAUAUCUUAGACACAGUUUUUUGGUGAACACACUGAUUUUAUUGUUGUCUUGGAUCCCUGGUCUACCCAAAUAAUUUUAACAGUACUGUUUGUCUGAUCCCAAAGUCUGAUAUUUAUGACUCACUAGCAGGAAUCAAAACUAGUGAUCAGUAGAACACUUUCAGAAUAAAAAUUUGGAAUGCAGAGA